GUUUGUGCGUGUUUGAGAGGCGGUGCUGGCGUCACGCUUAGUGCGCGGAGAAAGAGGCGGAGCGUGUGCAGGUGUGAUGGGCGCGGCCUGCUGUCUGCUUCUCGUCGUCCGGCGACAGCCUGGCGGACUCGAUCUAGGAAGGCCUCAUUUUUAGGUGGACGUAGUGUUAAUGUGGCACCGGAACCCGGGUCCACAGCACUUAGGCCUCAGUCCUUCAGCUCCAAUUUCCACCCCUGCCCGUUCUCUGUCAGGGCCAAUUUUACCUUUUAUUUUCUCAAAGAAUUUUCACGCAAAUAAUUUAGCUGACUUGACCCCCAACAGAUCCAGGUAGAUCUACCUAGUUCCUGAUAAGGACAGAGGAAUCUCGACAACUUCUCUGACUCAGAUUUUUCAAAGGAGGGAUAAAAUGAGUAAGAGGAAGAAGAGUCGAACCUCAGGAGAAGGGAGCCGUCCUCCAAAACCCCCAAAGAAUGCAAGGCUGGAAGAGUCUGAUGGGAUCCCUCAGAGUUUUGAGCUGGACCAUUUGCAUCAUCCCGAAGAAACAGAAGGCAGAUCAGGACCCAUUCCCUCUGCAGAUUGGCGCUGGGAGGAGCCAGGAGGGGUGGCCUCCAGCUUCCCUGAUGAAGAAGCAGGAGCUCCCUCCAGGCUCCUCAGACGACCAGAGAAGGAACAAGUCCCCAUACCUCCUUCCCAGAGCUCAGUUGGGAGGUUUGUCCCCCAGUAUGCAAAACCCAGGAUGACAGCAACACAAACAGAGACAAGGGAAGAGGACCUCAUGAGUAAGGCCUUUCGCUCGGAAACACAGCCAGAGCCCAAUGCCCAGCAGGCAGGAAGCCAGCCACACUCCAGGCCCAUUGUCCAGGAGGCCAGGGAGCCAGGAGACCAGCCCCAGGCAGAUAAUAUCUAUCCCCAGCAUAGUGACCAAAGCUCUGAGACACUGGUGCCCAGCAGCAGGGAUUCUCAGCCCAAGGUCUCCCCUGACAUCUCUCUAGAAAGAGAGACAGUGCCCUCUGUCUCAGAGAGGAUCAGCCAGAACCAACUAUUAGAGCCAGGGAACAACACACCAGAUGGUAGAAGCAAAGAGAGCGCUUGGGUUCCGGGUGGUCACAGCUAUAAAGUGCACCUGUCAAACAUUGAUGCUGAAGAGAAGCCUGAGCAAGGAUCCCCCCAGAAGGGAGAAAUCCCGCAGGGAGCCAGGGCUGACCUGCGUGAAGGACCCCAGGAGGAAGGAGAACCCAGAUCUGUAGCACAGGGCCUCCCUAAUGACAUGCAGCUACCUAGCAGAAGUGGCAGGGAAGCAGAACAGAACUUCAGCAACACAACAUGCUCCUCCCUCGGGAUUGUUGCCAUCACAGAUGUGAGCACAGACCCCGCUGAGUUCGAACAGAGAGCUCUGGAGGUGGCUGGCCCAGAUGGGCAGGCCAAAGCCAGGACCCCUGAUAGAGGGCACAGUGAGGCCCUGCUCAGCUGCAUUCCUCUCACUGGGAAGACCACAGGAGAUAGAGGGGAAUCAGGGAGGGGAAUUGAGCCCACUAGUGAUAUCCCCAAGGGCCCUGAAGUUACCCUGGCUCAGGUUCAGGGGAUCCAAGAGCCCACAGUAGGUGCAGAACAUACCAACCCUCCAGCUUCAGAAAUGGACCCAGAUGCUGAUCAGACACAAGUGUCAGGCCUGGAUGAAGAGGGACUGGGAGGUAUGCUGUUGCAGCCCUCUACUGAAAAGCCAGCCAAGUUAAAUAUCCAGAGCCAUGAACAAGACCUCAAGGGGCUCAGUUUGCCCCUUCAAGCCUCCACCUUGCCAGUGCACAGAGAAGUAGUGAGUGGUCCUCAGCAGACUAGCACCCUUCAGGGCAGCCCAGAUGCCUCUGCAGGCCGGCCCAAGCACCCUCCAGACUCUACAGACCAGACUGCCUGGGGGGCAUCCCCAGCCCUGGAAUUCGACUUCCUGCCAGAUAGCCAGAUAUGGGAAGCCCUGGAAGCCCCUGACUUUGAAGCCCCACCUGAACAGCUGUUACCUGUGGGUCCUCACUGGCCCAGUGCCAGCCCAUCUGUUGAUGGAGGCUCCCUUGAUGAGACUCAGCAGAGGACCUGCAUGGGAAUUAAGGCCUAUGAAGCCACCAGCUUGGAGGACGCCACAGACACUGUACGAGGCCUAGUCAUUGAGCUCUCCAACCUGAACCGGAUUAUCAUGAGUGCCCACCGGAACCUGGAAGCCUUCAAGUGCCCCAGCUACUAUAAGGCAAAGUCAUCCGGGAAAGCCUCUGUGCCCUUUGCUUCAAAGGAGACUGGGAAUCUCCCCCAUGGGGGGCUCUCAUGGAAGGAUUUCUAGACUGCUUCCGGAUGGCCUGUGGAGCAGGCGCUGCCCUCUAGCCAGCCCAAGUGCCUGAACAGCUUGGAAAUAAUCUCAGCAGAUCCCAGAAAGCCCACGAGUCUCUCUGUGCCCCCUGGUAUUUUGUUACCCUCCAAGACGCCUAGGGGAUCCUAGAGGGCCCCAGAAACCACUGCUCAGCCAACCAGGAAGUCAGUUUCCCACAGGAAAUACCCAUUGGGUGCCUCCCUCAAGUUAAUGUGGGAUGGGGGAACCUGCUUCUCUCCUCCAGCCCACUGGGGCCUCAGAAGAGGAACCCAGCUAGGAGUGGCUCAGAUGUUUAUCUGGGUUUGCAAAUCUCGGCUUUUUAGCCAAGGUUAUAGACGGUUCAAAAUUUGUUUUCUUGCUGAAGGAGAAAAGGACUUCUUUUGUUGGUUGUACUUUCAGCUUUCUCCCAAUUUCCAUUUUCUUUCUUUUAGGAAGACCAUUAAUAAAGGACUUAAGAAUGAU